GCGUCUCAGUGUAGAUUAAAUCAGCCUCGGCAAGAUCUGAAGACACAAAGAAACAAUGAUAUUUGGCAAAAAAAACAAGUUAUAGCGAUAUGAAAUUCAUAUAAAAGACCCAAGGAUUGAACUAUUCGACACAGUGAGUUGUGAGCUGAGGCAGCAAAAAUGACUUCAGUACUUCCAAUCCUCGUUGUGGGACUUCUGUUCUCCCUCUCGACCCUAACUGACGAAACUUCAGGAGCCCCGAAUACGCCAAAACACUUUGAAUGCAUCCCAUUCCUAAUUGAGUGCAGUCACUACAAUCGAUACUGCAAAUUUGGACAAUGCCUUGCGAAACAAAGUGUUGGUGGUAACUGUAACUUCAAGACACCAUGUCGCGUUGGAUUGGCCUGUGUCAAUCAACGAUGCAAACGUAUCCGCAAGAAGAAGAAGAAGACCACGACAACUACUACCACGACCACUACCGAGCCUACGACCACUACCACUACUACAACUACCACCACUACCACCACAACCACUACUACCACGACCACGACUACCACUACACCUCCACCAUAAACUAGAAACUCUUGAUGAUUUAGCCUUAGGGCACUUUCCACACUACCGCGAAGUCAAUUCUGAAUAUCCAGGAUAACAAGUUAAGAUGUAUCGCUCACUAUGGAUGUAUCGCUGUAAAAUAUUUAUAAGGAAAUAUAUAUGUUUAUGUUGCAUUUGAAAAAAAAAGAAUGGUAAUUUCCAUAUUUUUUUAUGUUUGUAGUGUUCAAACUUGCAAAAUUCCACACAGGAUUAUGACUAACAAACACUUCAAUGAUUGUACUGCUUUUGACAGCAAAACCAGCCAAACAAGAGUCAUAUUAUCCAAGAAAUAUGCGAUAAUGAGGACGUAAUACAAACUAAGAUGUGAACGAAACAUUUCAGAGAAGGAACUGCAGCUAAUAUGAGCGAAACAAACUUCGAAACCCCGUAUACUUUGACACCAGAAGUUUAGCUCUUGGGGAGAUAGAAAGCAAGAAUAAAAAAGGUCACUCUCAAAGGGAACCACGUGGAUUAAAAUGAAGAAUUGAAAAAGAGGUAUAUAUUCAAUACAUAGUAUAUUAUAAGAAUGUCUUUUGUCCUAUGUAUAGGUGGACACACAAAUCCACAAAAAAGUUGUGAUCUCCGGCCUCUGAGACCAAAGUUCAUUUAAAAUCUAAGUACCGCUAUAAGUUAAAAAGUCAAACAAGCAUUUUCUUUCAUUACGGUGAUGUGGAUUAUCAUUCUUGUCACACUCAACUUAACUUCUCCAUGAACACAGCGAAAGUUUCUUUCCAAUAAGAAUCUAGUUGCAUCUAACACAGAGUUGAUUUUUCUCAAAUUUCCAUCUGUACUAUAUUAUAGUAGUAUAAUUUAUUUAAUUUUUUAAUUUAUUUUUUUUCCAAAGUUGAAAGUGAAAAAUAAAAUAUAAAUAACAAUAUUUCAAAGACUUAAAAUUCACAUGUUCGUUUGCAUUGAGUAGCGAAUGUAGAUAGAAUUGCUUUAUAGAAUUUUCAUGACAUGUCAGCUGAAGAAUACCUUAGUUGUACGAUACUUUAUAGACAAAAUAUAUCACAAGAACAAAGCAAUAGCGAAAACAAAGGUGAACACUGAAAGAACACAAGGAAUUGAACGAAAGCCAUAAAUUGUGGAAGAAAGCACAGAAAAGGAUGCAAACAAGAACACAGCCAGGACAAACAGAAAUUGUGUCUAUCUGCACAAUUUGAUAUUGUACAAUAAUUUACACAGGACCCAACACAAAAUUAUAAUAAAAAGAGAAAUAAAUUAAAUUCUUUCC